CUUUAAUCGAAGCCGGUCACCAUGUUUUCUAUGGAUCAACUGGUGAAGGACAGUGCGAAACAUCCCCUGGAAAUAGGGCAGUGCCUAACGGGUGCUCCCGAUGAGCUGCACGGAGCAACAAAUAUGGAUCCAACAACGGAAACUUUCGCGUCAGGAAGAGACACCACUGGUGGCCCGCUUGUUACGGAUGAAGAAGAAGUAUGCAAAAAGGAGAUAGACGAAAUCAAAAUAGAUGCAAGUGCAACAUAUGUUUGUGGUCCCCAGCUUCUCAUGGUGGUAGGGCUGACGUCAACGUUUACGACUGUGCUUGCCAUGGUUGUUGUAAUUUUGAGAAAAUUCGAAUAA